AUGGCCAACGCGUUCUCUCUUGUAGCACAACAAUACAAAGCUCUACUGAAAAAAAACGUACUCCUCUCAUGGCGAAGCAAACGCUCAAUCCUCCUCCAACUACUCUCUCCAAUCAUCUUCAUCUUCCUAAUCUUCGCCGUCGACAAAGCAAUCAAAGCACAAACCUCCACAACUUCAUCUUACAAAUCCGUAACAAACCCUGCCUCUCUACCUUCCCCGCCAAUCCCACCUUGCGAGCGUAAAUUCUUCGUUAAGCUUCCUUGUUACGAUUUCGUAUGGAGUGGCGAUAACAAUCCAAAGUUUCACACAAUUGUGAAUAGAAUUAUUAGUAAUAACCCUGGUAGACCUAUUCCGAUUUCUAAAGUGAAGUCGUUUAGGGAUAAGGGGAAGGUUGAUAAGUGGCUUUUUGAUAAUCCUAUGCAAUGUCCUGGCGCGAUUCAUUUUCGUGAAGAGAAUGCUAGUGUUAUUGGUUAUGGGAUUCAGACUAAUUCUACUAGUGUUCAGAAACGGGGAAGAUUUGAAGAUCCCACUUUUUCUUUUCAAUUGCCUCUUCAGCUUGCUGCUGAACGUGAAAUCGCCAGAUUCCUUAUUGGAGACCCGAGCUUCAAGUGGAAUGUGUUUUUGAAGGAAUUUGCGCACCCAGCAAUGAGUCCUUUCUCUGCUGUUAGAACAAUAGGUCCGGCGUUUUUUCUUGCAAUUGCUAUGUUUAAUUUUGUUCUUCAGAUGAGUUCUUUGGUCACAGAAAAAGAGCUUAAACUUCGCCAGGCAAUGACUGUGAUGGGGCUUUACGACUCUGCGUACUGGUUAUCAUGGCUAACCUGGGAAACAGUUGUUACAGUCCUAUCAUCUAUUCUCGUAGUUCUCUCUGGCAUGACGUUUCAGUUUGAUUUCUUCUUGAAAAACAAUUUCGCUGUUCUGUUCUUUUUGUUCUUCCUAUUUGAACUCAACAUGACUGGGCUGGCCUUCAUGUUAUCUGCUUUCAUUCGUAAAUCAUCUUCUGCAACAACAGUCGGCUUCUCCAUAUUUAUUGUCGGCUUUGUGACUCAGCUUGUGGUACAAGCAGGAUUUCCUUAUACUGAUAGCAUCUCUGUUACUUUCCAAAAUUUAUGGUCUUUGUUUCCGCCUAAUCCUUUUGCUCAAGGCCUGAGUAUACUUUCAGAUGCAGUUUCAACCCCUGAAGAUAAUGGUCUUAGCUGGAGUAAACGGGGAGAAUGUGCCGAUUAUGACGUUUGUGUGAUCACAAUUAAUGAUAUUUAUAAAUGGCUUCUGGCCACAUUCUUUCUGUGGUUCGUUCUGGCCUUGUACUUUGACAAUAUAAUCCCGAAUGCAAUGGGUGUGAGGAAAUCCGUGUUAUACUUUCUAAAUCCUCAUUAUUGGACGGGAAACGGAGGACAAAAAGUGAAAGAGGGCGGGGUUUGUAGUUGCUUAAUUUCAGCCCAUCAUGAAGAUAAUAGUACAGCAGAUGAUGAAGAUGUCAUUGAGGAGGAAAAUGCUGUGAAGUUGCAACAAACACAAGGUGUGGUUGACGCAAAUGUUGCUGUUCAGAUACAUGGCAUUAAAAAGACUUAUCCUGGUACAUAUAACAUCGGUUGCUGCUUUAAAUGUAAAAAAAGUGCACCUUAUCACGCUCUUAAGGGCUUGUGGGUGAACUUUACAAAGGAUCAGUUGUUUUGUCUUUUAGGACCGAAUGGAGCUGGAAAAACUACAGCUAUUAAUUGUUUGACAGGGAUAACUCCAGUAACUGAUGGAGAUGCAUUGAUUUAUGGACAUUCAAUCCGAAGUUCCACUUGCAUGUCAAACAUUCGAAAGCUUAUAGGAGUGUGUCCCCAGUUUGAUAUCCUAUGGGAUGCACUGUCUGGUCAAGAACACCUCGAACUCUUUGCUAGUAUUAAAGGCCUUUCCACAGCUUCUAUAGAAUCAAUUACUCAGACAUCACUGGCAGAGGUGAGACUCAUGGAUGCAGCCAGAGUAAGAUCUGGAAGUUACAGUGGAGGAAUGAAACGUCGUCUCAGUGUUGCAAUUGCCCUUAUUGGCGACCCUAAAUUAGUCAUUUUGGAUGAACCAACCACUGGUAUGGAUCCAAUAACAAGAAGGCAUGUGUGGGACAUAAUUGAAAAUGCGAAAAGAGGGCGUGCCAUUGUUCUUACAACACAUUCUAUGGAAGAAGCUGAUAUUCUAAGUGAUCGCAUAGGAAUCAUGGCAAAGGGAAAGCUCCGAUGCAUUGGCACCUCAAUUAGAUUGAAGUCACGCUUUGGCACUGGUUUUAUUGCUAAUAUUAGCUUCUAUGGAAGCAAUAAUGAAAACAGUCCUGUAAAUGGUGAUGCAGUAUCAACAAGACAUCAUGAGGCUGUGAAGCAAUUCUUCAAGAACCGAUUGGAUGUAGUACCAAAAGAGGAAAACAACAACUUUCUAACUUAUGUGAUUCCUCAUGAAAGAGAGACACUCCUGACAGAUUUUUUUUCAGAGCUUCAAGAUAGAGAACAAGAAUUUGGCAUAUCUGACAUCCAGCUUGGUCUAACUACUCUUGAAGAAGUUUUCUUGAAUAUCGCAAAGCAAGCAGAGCUGGAAAGUGCUACAGCUGAAGGGAGCCUAGUGACUUUGACCUUGACAUCUGGAGAGUCUGUGGAGAUUCCAAUAGGAGCUAGGUUUGUGGGAAUUCCAGGAACAGAGUCUUCUGAAUACCCUACAGGUUUUAUGGUAGAAGUAUACUGGGAGCAAGAUGACACUGGUGCCCUUUGUGUCGCCGGCCACUCACAGAAAGCUCCUAUUCCUCAAAAUAUCCAACCACCUUCAUCUGCUACUGCAAGACAACGCCGGUCAGGGUCAGUUCAUGGGGUUGUGAUUGAUCCAAGUCAAGUUAGUUCAGACAAUUUCCAAUGA